CUUAAAGCCGAUGCUUUUUCACGCAUACACGGAGAAGAGGGGGGACGACGAUCGCGCGAAGCCGUACGGGCAGCUCGUUGCGUGUGUAUGUGCGUGCCGUAUGCACAAUGUAUACAUGGCGAUAUUACGGGGCUUGGAUGUAUCGUAUGCAUUCACGAUUUUUCUACUACUAAAAGUACACUUUUAAUUCACCGUGCAGAGAUGCGACAAUGUGUAAAUUUUCGUCGUCGCUACACCACGACAUUUUUUAUCCGGAACUGGUGCGAAAAACGCAAUUAGAUAUGACUUUAUCGGUAAACGUGACUCACGAUCGCGUCGUAUAAAUACGUACAUACACCACAAGCUUAUCGAUGUACGCAAGCUUUCGUUUUGCUCGGGCAAAUAAUGCGCACUCGACGUUUUUAUAGUCUAUAUAGCCGACUUGGCUAAUUCAAAAUUGUUGAACAUCUAUUUUUUUAAGAUGAGAGGAAUCAUUAUAUUACUGUAUAUUACGUUCAAAUACUUUGGCGGAGUCGACUGUACACCCGAGCCUGCUCGACCUCGCAUUGUCGAAGGCCACCACACGUCGAUCGCCUCUCACCCUCAUCAGGUCUCCAUCGAGUACGCCAACCGUCACAACUGCGGUGGCUCGAUCCUCGACCGUCACUACGUCAUCACCGCGGCUCACUGCGUCCACGGCUUCGAUCUCUCGCAGAUCACCAUCCGCGCGGGCAGCUCGUACCGCGAGAAGAACGGCCACGUGCACACGGUCCAGGAGGCCCACGUCUACGAAUGCUACAACCCGUGCUCUCUGGCCCACGACAUCGCCAUAGUGCGGGUGAAGCCGCCGAUACACCUGGGUCCGCGUCAGCGAGCCAUUCGGCUGUUCUCGAAGGACGAGCCGCUGGAGGUCGGCGAGUGGGGCACCGUCACGGGCUGGGGCCUCGAGCACGAGAAUCACGUGGCCUACCCGGUGAAUCUCAAGCAGGCCCAGGUGCCGAUCGUCGACUGGGACGACUGCCAGAAGGCCUAUCGAGACACGGAUGGAAUACACGAGGGUCAGGUGUGCGCCGGACAUCUGGGCGUGGGUGGCAACAACACGUGCCAGGGUGACUCCGGAGGGCCAUUGGUUGUGGCGGGUAAGCUCGCCGGUAUUGUGGCCUGGGCUCACGGCUGCGCCGAUCCCAAGUUUCCGACGGUAUUCACGGAGAUCGCAUAUUAUCGCGACUGGAUCGAUGCGACGAUCGGCAAGAAUCUGCACUACCGCAAGGAGGACUGCCGAUUGGCUUUCAUCAGGGAGCAGCAGCUGAGCACCGAGCAGGUCUGCAACAGUUAUCUGAAUUACAUCAGUCCGGAUUUCAUGAAGGACAAGAACCAGCCAUACGAGUUAGAAAACAGUUUUAUACAAUACAAAUAAUAAUCGAUCGUUAUUACAUGAAAUUUCAAUAAGAACGUCGUUAAUACAACAAUAGCACAAUUCGACUACAUCGUAACAUUAUUCUCAAUAACA